UUGGCAGGCGUGAGGCAGGGGCGUCACGUAAUCGUUGGCGAUGGGCGGGGCCAGGCCGAGCGGCGUUACCGGGAGAACACCGGAUCCGUGAUGUCGGGCCAGGACAGGCCGAGGGGCGUUACCGGGAGAACACCGGUUCCGUGAUGGGCGUUACCGGGAGAACACCGGAUCCGUGAAGGGCGUUACCGGGAGAACACCGGUUCCGUGAUGUCGGGGCCAGGACAGGCCGAGGGGCGUUACCGGGAGAACACCGGAUCCGUGAUGUCGGGCCAGGACAGGCCGAGGGGCGUUACCGGGAGAACACCGGUUCCGUGAUGGGCGUUACCGGGAGAACACCGGAUCCGUGAAGGGCGUUACCGGGAGAACACCGGUUCCGUGAUGUCGGGGCCAGGACAGGCCGAGGGGCGUUACCGGGAGAACACCGGAUCCGUGAUGUCGGGGCACUGCCCGGACGGUCAUGGGACGGGAGUGGGCCCUGGCGGAGGGCUGCAGCGGGGCUCGGCGCUGGCGGCGCCGGAACAUUCCGCCACGAGCGCCAGGUUUGAACUCGGCGUCUGCGCUGGUCUCCAUGGAAACGGGCAAACCGGUCUCGGCCACGGUCGGCAAAAUGAGUCUCUGUAUUUGGUUCUCAGGGUUCUUUGCCGGUAUCUCUGUGGCUCCUGGGUUUGCUCUGUUGCUGCCCACUGCUUCAGGAGGAGAAGCAGAAAGUGGAGAUGUACUGCAGUGGGGGUAUACUACUUCAGCUUCCACACACGGCAAGGGAAGAGUGGAUCCUGGACAAGUGUCAAAUGCAAGCAGCAGGCCUCUCCCUAUUGGCAAGUUACUUGACAAGCCGGGGAACGGUAGAGCUUUCUUCCCCAGAAAGGAAGAUAUUUAUUCAGUUUCAUGGCCAGAAUUCUACCUGAGGCGCCCUGCUGAUUCUUCUGUGCUGUUCUCCAUUCUCCCAGAUGUGAAGAGACGCAAGGUCACCUGGAGGUUUUUGAACCAUGAGUACGAGUUGAUCAUCUUGGAGCACGUGUCUUAUAGUGAUAUAGUCUCGUUCAAUUCCUAUUUCAGACACCGGGUCAAAUAUGAUUUAAAAACUGGCUCCCUUUUACUGAAAAAUGUGCAAGUGGAAGAUAGUGGCCUGUUUGAAGUGAAAUUAAAUGUGCUCUUGUUCACCAACUCAAUUCAAUUCAAAUAUGUCCGUUUUCACCUGGAAGUGCAGGCUCACUUGCAAACCCCACUGAUCUUCCAGAGCCCUGCCUACGUCUUGGAUCGUGUUCAGCUGAGCUGCAUUGUGCAAACUGGCAAAGUAACUGGCAUUCAAUGGCUGAAGGAUGGUGUACCAAUACACAACCAUUCCCAUUAUAGAGUGGCAUUGGAUGGCUUUACGCUGUUCAUCGAAGAUUUGAAAACCUCAGACUGUGGCUUCUACACCUGCAGUGUAAACAAUGAUGUCAGCAAAGCAAAAAUCUCUCACUUUCUUACUGCAAACGGUAGGAUUUCACAUUGUGUCAGGUGAGAGUUCACAGUACAACACUGUGUGCCAGACAGGAGAUUUUUUGUGAUAUUGUAUUUGGUGAGAUUGGUAGUGAUAUAGGAAAUGAAACAUUUUCAAGUUCCUGUACAAUAUACAGAAUGUUAAUCUGUUGUCAUUAAUUUCCUCACUAAUUGUAACAGUAUGGGUGCUAGGGUAGAAUAGUGAUGAGCAUAACAAUAUUAAAGCACCAGUGACCCGGGUCCAAUUCCCGCCGCUCUCUGUAAUGAGUUUAUAGUGAUUAGCAUUACAAUAUUACUGUACCAGUGACCCGAGUUCAGUUCCCACCACAGGUUUGUGGCGA